GCAGCAGAUGACCAGGGGAAAUCCGACUAGGCUCCCUUCACCCAAUUUCUCCGGGAGAAUUGCUUCCAUCACUUCUGCCCAGGUUUUUCUCUGACCUUGCUUCCACACAACCAAAAAGUGGGAGCACACAACAACUCCCAAACCCGGAAAGAACACAGUUUUUGAUGGUGUGAAUGACCUCAUAGAGUUCUGCAUGCACUGGCCUCCUCUUGGCUACAACACCGCGUAGUAAAAGCUACUCUUCGGAAAUGUAAGAUCAGUAGAUGUUCUGCCUCCUUUAGAAGUGCCUGUUCGCCUCCCCUGAUUCUCCAUUUGCAUAUUUUUUAAAAACAAAGCAAACGUGACAAGACUCCAGUGUCUGCUUGGCCGAAGGCAGCUAACUCUGGCCCUUCUUACUUCUUGGUAGUGAGGAGGCUGUAGCAUUUCUUGCGUGUUUUAAGGAACUGAGAUAAAGAACUGAGGAAGCAUUAUUUGGAACUGAAGAAGCCUCAGCUGCAGGUCUUUUGCUUCCUGUCUAAAAUACCUUUCAUCCUUCAUGUCUGUUUUUGCUUCCACCACUGCAAGUGAAGCUAAAUAGCAGCAAACUUUGAGGACCACCACCAUUACUAGAGAAGGCAACUGAAGCCAUAAGUACGCCUUCUUUGUGGGUGCCAGAACAUGGAGUGAAGAGACUGGCAUGAAGAAGAGGGUGGCAGGUUAGAGUCAAGGAAAAUGGAAUGAAGCCAGUGGAGAUAGCAGAGUGGAAAGAAAAUGUGGAAAUUCUGAGAAGAGGACCUUAUGGACAAAGAAAGCAAGACCAUCCUCUUGGAGAAUGCCUCAGCCACAGGAAUGAAUGCCACUGACUCACCAGUAGCCAUAACCUCCAUAAACAUUGCAAUUGCCCUGUUCAUGUUGGUGGUGUUCUUGGUGGGGACAACUGUGAAUGGUCUCCUCCUCUGGGUGCUGGGGAUGAAGAUAAAGAGAACAGUCAAUACCCUCUGGUUUAUCCACUUGAUCUUCACCUACUUAGUCUCCGCUUCUUGCAUGCCUUUCCUUGCUGUUGACGUCCUCCUUGGUUCCCACUGGGUCUUUGGAACCGUGAUGUGUAAGCUCAUCAACUCCUUUGGUUCAGUUGGGAUGUUCACCACAGUUUUUCUACUCACUGUCAUCAGUCUAGACCGCUAUCUCCUCAUCUGCCACCCUAUCUGGUCCCAGCAAAACCGGACAAUUCCUCGGGCACGGAGACUGCUCAUAGGGGUGUGGUUUGCUUCCCUAGCCCUGAGUUCUCCCUAUUUGGCUUUCCGGGAGAUUCGAGUGAUGGAGAAGGGUAGGAUUGAGUGUGUCAAUAAUUAUGCUUUAUCCAGUGACUGGGAAGGGGAAAAAAUACAGGCCCUGCGCCAUCAUAUUCGCUUGGCUCUCUUUGUGGUUCGAUUCCUACUGGCCUUCCUGAUUCCAUUCUUCAUCAUCAUGGGCUGCUAUUUCUGGAUGGGUCAUAACAUGAAGAAGAAAAAGUUGGUGAGGACCGGGAAGCCUUAUAGAGUCUUAGUGGCUUCCGUGGCAUCGUUCUUCAUCUGCUGGCUUCCUUACCAUCUUUUUUGGGCUGCUUUGCUGUUUGGAGCAUCCCAUAUUAUAGUCAAGUGUCUGCAAGUCAUUUUUGUCACUGUAGUCUGUUUCAAUUUUUGUUUCACCCCGAUUCUCUAUCUCAUUGUUGGGGAGAAAUUCCAACAGGUCUUCAAGACAUCCAUUCUUGCUCUGCUCAAGAAAGGUUUUGCAGAUAUUAUUGUUGUACCUGAGGAGAACAGCAACAUUUCUGCUCAGGAUAAUCAGAUGGACUAUACCUGA